ACAAGGUAUAAUAAGGCGCAGUUACACGGGCCACGGAAUGAGAGAGAUGACUGAUCACGGUCAGAUCUUCAUCUUGUAGCACAUGAAACCGAGGACACGGACAACUCAGCCUCACUCACUUGCACCGACAUUUGAGGUGGACUGAUCUGGCUGGUAGUGUUUUAUUGCAUCAGUUCAUUUCUUCCGGCAACUGACGCGCAUCCGCUGUAAACGUUAAGUUUUGUUUUUCAUCGUUCUGAAGCUUUUUGCCUCUGGCUUUACCGGUAAGCAUUGGAUCCGUCAACGUACUGCGACUCCCCGGUGUACAGCCCGGACCUCUGCCCCAACAUGAUAGCGACGCAAGCGAAGCUUGUUUACCAGCUCAACAAAUAUUACAACGAGAGAUGCCAAACUCGCAAAGCGGCCAUCGCAAAGACGAUAAGGGAGGUGUGUAAGGUGGUGUCGGACGUCCUGAAGGAGGUGGAAGUGCAGGAGCCCCGCUUCAUCAGCUCCUUGAGCGAGAUCGAGGCGCGCUACGAGGGGAUGGAGGUCAUCGCCCCGAACGAAUUCGAAGUGGUGCUUUACCUGAACCAGAUGGGUGUUUUCAACUUUGUGGAUGACGGGUCUUUGCCGGGGUGCGCGGUGUUGAAGCUGAGCGACGGACGCAAGAGGAGCAUGUCUCUCUGGGUCGAGUUCAUCACGGCCUCGGGCUACCUCUCCGCCCGAAAAAUCAGAUCAAGGUUUCAGACACUGGUGGCACAAGCCGUUGACAAAUGCAGCUAUCGUGAUGUGGUUAAGAUGGUAGCGGACACCAGCGAGGUGAAGCUGCGGAUCCGGGAAAGAUAUGUCGUUCAGAUCACCCCCGCUUUCAAAUGCACGGGAAUCUGGCCUAGAAGCGCAGCCCAGUGGCCCCUGCCACACAUUCCCUGGCCCGGUCCUAAUCGGGUCGCAGAAGUCAAAGCCGAGGGUUUCAAUCUCCUCUCUAAAGAGUGCUAUUCGUUAACCGGCAAGCAGAGCUCGGCGGAGAGUGACGCCUGGGUCUUGCAGUUUAGCGAAGCCGAAAACAGGCUACUGAUGGCAGGAUGCAGGAAGAAAUGUCUCUCCAUCCUGAAGACCCUGCGGGACCGACACCUCGAGCUGCCGGGGCAGCCUCUCAACAACUACCACAUGAAAACCUUGCUUCUGUACGAGUGCGAGAAGCACCCGCGAGAGACCGACUGGGACGAGUCGUGCCUGGGUGACCGACUGAACGGAAUUCUCCUGCAGCUUAUCUCUUGCCUGCAGUGCCGAAGAUGCCCCCAUUACUUCUUACCAAACUUGGACCUGUUUCAGGGGAAACCACACUCGGCCUUAGAGGCUGCAGCGAAGCAGACUUGGAGACUAGCGAGAGAGAUUCUGACGAACGCAAAAAGCCUGGACAAAUUAUAGAACAAGAAAACAAGUACGUUAAAAUACGAUUGUUAAUACUGAGGACCGCGUGAGAUCACUUCACUGUAAGUGGGGAAAAGUGAUCUUUCAAUUCUCCAAGUAAUGUGAAAAUGUCUUUUU